AUCGCCCGUGACGUCGGCUCGCGGAAUGCGUCAUACCCUGACAAAAUACCUAGCCGACUGCCGAACAGCGCUACGGCCGCCUCAGACGAACGCGUGAUGACGUGCGCACAAGUGGGCGGGACUUACAGCAUGCGAUCUACCGCAGCUACCGCAGUUGCCGCAGGUGUCCGUGAACAGCACUCGGUUCUUUCAUCCAUGCAGCAUCCAUGGCCUUAGGACCCCUUCGUUUGGAUUGAGAUCUUUUGACAGGACUGGAAUUGUGUGUAGUUUUACUAUCAUGACUGAAUUUGAGUGGCCUUGGCAAUACCAGUUUCCACCCUUCUUUACGCUGCAACCGAAUACUGAGACGCGCCAGAAGCAGGUGUCGGCGUGGCGCUCACUGAUCCUCUCCUACUGUCGCCACCACGGCGUGUACGCGCUGGACGUGGCCCAGUGCGCGCAGUCGCCGCUCUUUUCUAACGUCGCCAUCAAACGCCGUCUCUCGGAAGAGACCAUUCAGACCGUGCUGGACGAUCUGGCCACUUUGGGACACGCUGAGUGGACAGACAAGGCCAAACGCAGGUGCCUGGUGUUGUGGCGCUCGCCGGCUGAGUGGGGUCAGCUGAUCUACGGCUGGGCGGUGGACAGCGGCCUGGUCGGCUCCGUGUGCACCCUGUACGAGCUGACCCAUGGCGACCACCUCACCGACCAGCCGUUCCACGGCCUCUGCGAGGAGCUGCUGGUGCGUGCGCUCGGCUCACUGCAGGCCGCUGGAAAGGCAGAGCUGAUGGACAACGAAGGAGUCAAGUUCUUCUAGCGCCGGCCGGCGCGGUGGUGUGAUCUGUGCUGCUCAGAGCACCGGCGGGCGGCGUCGGCACGGGCGGACGCCUCUGGCUGGUCUCCUCUGGACGGACUCCUGUGUGGGCUCUCGUGUACAGACUUGGCUGGCUGGGAGUGCUCAUACCUUGCGAACUCUGUUGGCCAUUUUGGCCUAUCUGCUUCAAAUAACAAUGACUUUUUUAUUUCAAAGUCAUUUGUUUUACAUUCUUCGAUCCAUUCUCCGAUUAGCUUUUCCAUUGCGGGAAUAAUCAGGGUUUCGAAAAUCGAAAGGUUUGCUAUUGCUGGUUUGCAAUGCUCAGGCUCUGAUGAUGUCAAUGGUAUGCAUACGCGCUCUUUAAGUGCUUGAUUGUUCGAUCUACUAUACUAUUUGUUGAAUGAAACUCUGUCUGUGUG